ACAAUCCCAAUCCCAGCAUUGUCCUAAUGGAUGAUCUCCAGUGUAUAUGUUAGCAGUUUUUGCUUGUUUAGAUCAGUGCCCGUCAUUUCAUUUGUAUUUAACAGGUGAGAGGAGAUAUUCCAGUGUAAAAAAAAAAAAAAAGGCAUAUGUGGAAUUAUUACAUUAAAAUGAUUUUAUAUUUUGUUAAUACUCUGUCUAAUAUGAUCAGGUUGAAUGCAAUUUGUGUUCAUUCACCACUUUCAGGUUUAUCAUUGGGAGCGGCAGUCUUCUUUCUAGGAUGCAUCUUCCUCCUCUUCUUCUGCUGCAAGGCUUCCUACAAGCCAAUCUUCUUUUGGAAUAAGAAACCAAAAGACGAUCAUGACGUGGAGGAAUUUCUAACCAAGUAUGGAUCCCUUAUUCCAAAUAGAUAUCAGUAUUCAGAUAUCAAGAAGAUGACAGACUCCUUCAAUGAUAAAUUAGGCCAAGGAGGUUAUGGCGGAGUGUUCAAAGGAAAGCUCCAUGAUGGUCGUUUGGUGGCCGUGAAGGUGUUGAACAAUUCCAAGUGCAAUGGAGAAGAAUUCAUGAAUGAGGUCACCUGCAUUGGUAGGACUUACCAUGUGAAUAUUGUCGCUCUUCUAGGUUUUUGUUCGGAGGGGGAAAAAAGAGCACUUAUCUAUGAGUUCAUGCCCAAUGGAUCACUAGAAAAAUUCAUUUAUGCUGAAAAACCAAGAGAAAUGAAUCCUCUUGGAUGGGAAAAGCUAUAUGAAAUCGCGAUUGGAAUUGCCCGAGGACUAGAGUACUUGCACCGUGGCUGUAGUACACGCAUUGUGCAUCUAGACAUAAAACCUCAUAACAUUCUUCUAGAUGAAGACUUCAGACCCAAGAUCUCAGAUUUCGGGCUAGCUAAGAUAUGCCGUGCGAAGGAGAGUAUCAUAUCCAUGAUGGGCGCUAGAGGGACUGUGGGGUAUAUUGCACCUGAAGUAUUUUGUAGAAAUUUCGGAGGAGUCUCAUACAAGUCCGAUGUUUAUAGUUAUGGAAUGAUGGUGUUAGAAAUGGUUGGAGGAAGAAGGAAAAGUGAGGCCCGAGUAGAGAAUACCAGCGAAGUAUAUUUUCCACACUGGAUAUACGAGCAUCUUGAUUUAAAUGGACAUCUAGGAUUACAUGGAGUUACAAUGAGAGAGGAUGAAGACAUUGUGCGGAAGAUGAUCAUAGUGGGUCUAUGGUGCAUUCAGACAGCCCCGGCAAAUCGGCCUUCUACAACUAGGGUCGUAGAGAUGCUGGAGGGAAGCGUGGAAAGCUUGUCAAUUCCACCCAAGCCAUUUCUAUCUUCUCCUUCAAGGACAUGCCAAGGUCUUUCAACUGCUUCAAUAUCACAAGAAAAUAUUCUACCACAUGUUUGAAUAUAUUUUCUCUAUGAAGAGAAUUUGAUCCAACCAAAAAGGGUUUGUUUUGGAGUUGCUGAGGUCUUGUUGGUGAUCGGAGUGGCCGUUGAAUCUAAUCACUUGAGAAUAUAGAGAGAAGCUAGGAAGAAACUGCCUAGUUGUCAACUAGCUGGCAUUUUUUACCUGUUGACAGUAUUUCUUGCAACUGCCUUUUAUUUCGUGGUCUUGCAAAUGCUGAGAGUGAAAGAUGGUGAGGCCGCUGUCUAAAGAGAGGUGGUGGAAGUGGCUCUCUUCUCUAUGUCUGAAUCAACACUCUCUGAUGCUAUUCUGCAGAACCAGAAUUCAGCUGUGGAUUUGGAAUGUGAUGUUGAAGAGUCAACUGCAAGAGAGUCUGAACUGUCUCUGUCCUGUAAAAAUUCUAUAGCAAUCAAAACAGAAUGUUUAUCCAAAAAAAAAAAAGAAA